UCCCAUCAUGCACCAUGAAAGUAAUAUGUCGCAUGUUCAAGCUUGAAAAUUGAGGUGUUUAUCGAAAUCAUCUUAUAAUUGCUGCCAAAAUGUUUCGUAAUAUCGGCAUUUUAUUACAUUUAUAAAGUGUCUUAGUGCAGUGAAAGCGUUAUCGACAACGUAGUAUACCGAAAAAUAUAUUACUAGGACCGAUUUGUAGUUUCCCGUAUUUCUGUGCAGCGCUCGGUUGUAGUGAACUUAUUAAACCAAAGGAAUUGUGAUUGAUGAUAUUUGGAUCUGAAUAGCAAGACAAGAGCGAAAAUAAAUGAAGUGGCCAGGAGGAGAGGCGAACGGAAUGUUGAGUCACACAAAUGGGCAUGUGUCAUCCCCACAGAUAAUUAGACAACAGAUACCAGAUCCGAAUCGACCUCAGCUGGCUCGUUCACAAGAUGAUGCCAUGGUGGGUUAUGUUUUCCAGCGUCCCCAGUCUGACCCAGACUUCCCUAUUCCACCACCAUUCAACAAACAACAUCAGCGAUGGGCAUUGGGAGAUGAAAGUAUUAUUGAUAGCCAUGAGAAGUGGAAGUAUCCUAUGAUGACAAAAUUAACGCAUCCCAUGCAUAACAUGAUUCCAUAUGAAAUGCACCCCAUUGCAGUUAAGCCUGGAGCUGACCAUCUUGUAUUCCUCAAUAAUCAUAUGACUUCUCAACAGAUGGCAGCUGUUGCAUCAAUUCAUCAACAACCUAGAAAUGGACAGAUUGCGCCCUCUGCCAAGAAAUUAUGGGGAGUCGAGGAACAGAAAGAUGAUACGAAAGGGAUUCUGAAUCUGAAUGAUCAUCAGAUGUGGAGAGAUUCUACCUGGAGUACGUCCGACCACUCCGUGUCUCAGCCGAUCACGAUGGUGCCGCCUCGUCGGUCUGGCAGCUACCCUGGCAGUGAAGCAUCCAACAUCCUUUCGCCACGUUCCUCGGAAACUGGCGGUUUGGGUGUCAAGAUGGUGGAAUACGUCCUUCGGUCCUCGCCCACAGGCAAAGACCUCGAGCCGAGAAUGAGAGGCCUUGUACUGAAUCCCAGCGACUCGGACGAACCCGAUAAGGACAAGGCUCCGUCGCCCUUCGAGGCAAGUAAGAAGGAUGUGGAAAAUGGAAACGCAACGCAGCCCAACGGCAUUGUCCAGAAUGGCCUUGUGGAUGAGGACAAAGCAUUCAAUCGAACACCAGGCAGCAGGCAGCCUUCACCGGCAGAAGAAGACAUCAACAAGAACAAUGGCAGCGGUAGUAACGUGGUGGUCAUGGGGGGCGGAGGGAAACUGCCCUCGUCAGAGGGCGUGGAGAACCAUCACCAUCACCACCACCACCACCCACACAUCAACCACCAUUCCAUUCCGCACCAUCCGCAGCAUCACCUCCACCACCAGCAGCAAGCCACUCACCACAUGCAGAACCAUCAUCUCGCCUUGGACAGCGUGAAUCAGCAUUUUGAACAUGUGAUGGCGAUGGAUCCAAGCGGAAGUGCCAUGGCGCAGUUUGACCAGGCGACGGCCGUCACGGGUUACGCGGGAGGUGCCGGGGGACCCGGAAUGCUGCCACCACAACAGCAGCAGCAGGCUGGCACGGGGGUUGGAGGAGGAAUGGAUUCGCCAAGUAUCCUGCCGCCGAACUUCGACGUACAGCAAUUGUUCCGAAGUCAACAGCAACAACAACAACAGCCGACCCCACAGCAGAUACAGCUCUUGCAACAGCAGCAACAGUACCUUGCUACUCAGCCACAGCAACAGUUGGGUAUCGCAGCGCCUGCCGCUGCUUUCACAAGUGCCCCCUACGUUAUCAAUGCACAAGAACCGUACGUCGGUGCACUCAUUACAGGUCCGACAGUUGUGCCCCAGUAUUAUGGUGUGGCAGCAGCCCCAUGGGGUGUGUACCCUGCCAACAUCAUCCAGCAGGGGGCGCCGCAGCAAAAAGCCGCCGCUCAGCAGAGACGCCCCCUCACCCCAUCCUCUGCUUCAGACAUAAGCAACAGUUCCACAAAUCUGACCCAGGUGCAGGGACAGUACCAAGUGAUACCCGCGUACUACGAUCAGAAUGGGUCAAUAGUGAUGGGAAAUGUACGGGGCAUCGGGAAUGGCACUCCCAUGAGGCUGGUGUCUCCCGCGCCCGUAAUAGUCAAUGCCACCGGGACACCGGGCAGCAACAUGAGACUACUUGGGAAUCAGCCACAGCAAAUAGCCACACCCCCUGCAGCAUCAAUAUACAACAAUAGCCAGCAGCCCUCGUUGUACAACUCCACAGCCUCAAAUGGGACCACAAUCAGUGGUUUGCAGUCGGUGGCGGCAGCCGCUGUGGCCGCCGCGGGCUCGGCGGCGGCAGCAGGCGUGGGUAACGGGUUCUCGUCUCUAGCCAACACGCUGGCUGCCGGCUACGGAAACAACAGCUUGGGCACCAUUGGCUCCCCUGCUCUGGGAUCUCUGGGAUCAGGGCUUGGGCUCAGCAGCAGCAGCUCUGGACGACGAGAUUCGUUUGACAGAAAUACUUCUGCAUUUUCCCCGUCACUGGAAUACGGUCGUGGCAAGUGGCCAACGAAUUACGGUGCGCUCGGCACCGUGACUGCAUCUCCUAGCCCUAUAGGCAUACAAGGCUCCCUCACACCCCCACCUGCUCUCUCAACUACUGGAAUGGGCAGUUCUUCAAAUCUACAGCUGGGAGCGCUGAUGUCCGGUGCUUCGGCUACGGGCAGUCGACUCCUCUCGGCAGCGCCGGGAGCUGAAGCCACGAAAUACAGAAAUGGAGGGUUGCCAGGCAUCAACACCAAUGGAAUGUUUGGGUCAAAUAGCUCACUCUUCACAAAGCUAGGCACAGGUGCUCGGGCCACCGGUGUAGCACCGAGUCUCGAUAAACCUCCUGGCAGAAGUAGAUUGCUAGAGGAUUUCAGGAAUAAUCGUUUUCCAAGUCUGCAGUUACGAGAUCUGGCAAAUCACAUCGUUGAAUUUUCUCAAGAUCAACAUGGAUCAAGGUUCAUCCAGCAGAAGCUCGAACGUGCCACUGUAUCAGAAAAACAGAUGGUAUUCUCUGAAAUCCUUACAGCUGCAUACAGUCUCAUGACCGAUGUUUUUGGAAACUAUGUAAUUCAGAAAUUCUUUGAAUUUGGCACACCUGAGCAGAAAACAACAUUGGCACAGAAGGUUCGAGGACAUGUGUUGCCAUUAGCGUUGCAGAUGUAUGGUUGUCGUGUGAUCCAAAAGGCUCUGGAGUCCAUUUCGCCAGACCAGCAGCAGGAGAUUGUGCGUGAACUUGAUGGGCACGUCUUGAAGUGUGUUAAAGACCAGAAUGGAAACCACGUUGUGCAGAAGUGCAUUGAGUGUGUUGACCCUCAUGCAUUGCAGUUCAUCAUUAAUGCAUUUUCAAGCCAGGUGUUCGCCCUCUCGACUCACCCCUACGGUUGCAGAGUAAUUCAGCGUAUCUUGGAGCACUGCACACAGGAACAGACAACUCCAAUUCUGGAGGAGCUGCAUCAACAUACAGAGCAGUUGAUUCAGGAUCAGUAUGGAAAUUAUGUCAUCCAGCAUGUGCUUGAGCAUGGGAAACCCGAGGACAAAUCGCAGAUUAUCUUGUCUGUUCGUGGUAAAGUGCUGGUGUUGUCUCAACAUAAGUUUGCCUCCAAUGUCGUGGAGAAGUGCGUGACUCAUGCGACACGUGCCGAAAGAGCUAUUCUGAUCGAGGAGGUCUGCAAUUUCAACGACAAUGCACUGCACGUCAUGAUGAAGGAUCAGUAUGCCAACUACGUGGUGCAGAAGAUGAUCGACGUUUCUGAGCCGGCACAACGCAAGGUCUUGAUGCACAAGAUCCGGCCACACCUGAACUCUCUGCGGAAAUACACGUACGGCAAACACAUCAUUGCCAAGCUUGAGAAGUUCUUCAUGAAGACCGCGUCGGCCAUGGGCGUUGGGGUCGGAGUAGGUGUCGCCGUGGGACCAGAUCUCGGACCGAUCGGUCCACCCACUAACGGAGGCUUGUGAACUGCGCCUCCUGUUCAUUAUGUACAUAAGCGAUGGAGAAUGUAGAACUACUCAUCCUCUGGCAGUGUCAUGGGCAGUCUUAUUUUUCUUUUCUGCUUUAUUGCUGCUCCUAAGAGACUUUUCCGUGCAUAGUAAUCCGUGGAAAAGAAUUGAGGUUGUUGCAUAGGGAAGGAGUGCCCUUUGAAUUUUUCAUUUUGUUUUUUCUGUCGGGUCAGUUUGGUUUACUGGAGCAUUUGCGUUAUUCCAGCGUUGGAAUGUUCACAGUAUUUUAUUUAACUUGUAAUGGAUGUAAAAAUGUAUGCUUUUAGUUUAUUACACCAUGUUUUUGUGCAGUGUGAGAUAUGUAUAUAUUGUGAAGCAAUCCCCAUUCUGAGACGGUGUUUCGUUCUCGGAAGAAUAUUACUUCUCUUAAGAGGUGCGCAGAGUUGCAGGCUUGGAAAUGCAGGGAUGAUAAAUGUGUGGUAGUUGGAUUCCACAGUGCACCAGAGGGGGUUGGGUGUGUUCUGUUUUAAAAAUGCAUUUUUGUUCCAGAUGACCAAAGUAGUAAUUGCCGUGUCCUGUCAGAGAAGAGUAGUGUGAAACAUUGCAAGGGAUGUUCCAAUGUUAAUAAAGAUGAACCUCCACUUUGGCCUGUAGUGCCAAUAUUGCCGUUUCUUGGGACAUCCCUCCGUGUUUCCAUGUGUCUCAUAUACUUAUAACAGUGUGAAUGAAUUAAGAUGUUGGGGGGUGAAAAAGAUUAUGAAUUGUGUAAGGCAUUGGAAAGGGAUGGGAUGGCAGUGUCCAAUCAAUCUUCCAGAAAGAACCCUAUUUGAAACUAUGCCCUCGCCGAAGAAGGUGGACGAUUUGUAUAUACAUUAUAGUAAUGUGAAAAUUUCCAAAAACUUUUUUCAGAUUUUAUUUUAGUUAAAAUGCCUCUCCUUUUAUCAGAUGUAAGGAAAUAGAAAAUUAUGCUGAAGUAAGAAGACCUCUGAGUUAGGGUUUUCACAAAGACAAUGCUACUAGAAUUGAACAUUGUAUAUAGAUUAUGUGGCAUAGCGACGGAUGGAUGAACUUUUAUGUAGCUUUCCCCUCCUGUCAUACCCUUAAAUCAGUGGUGGGUUUAUGAGCUUGUUUUAAGAGAUUGAGAAACUGGGAUUUUUGAAAGUGAAAAUAUUUUUAAUUGUGGCAUUUACUUGCAAUAGCCUGCUUGGUAAAAUAGAAUAGUUUUUGUUUUCAUAAUUCUAGACACGCAGAUAAUUAAAUGAAUAUACUGUAAAUUGAGUAAUGUGUAUUGAGAUUUCAAUAAUUACUUUCAUUUGUACAUUUUCAAGUCAAGGAACAAAAGUUACUUUAAAAGCAAGCAUUUUAAGAGUUAUAUUGUGUAAAGUGAUACAUUGUAAUUAUAAUAGUUUUUUCAUGAUGAUGUAUUGUAUUAACCGAGUCAAAUCUGUAAGUGCUAGUACAGAGUUGCUGUGGAAUCUGUAACGCUCUGUGAGACUUCUUUGGACGGGUAGCAAAGUUCUUAUUGUGGAAUAGACAGCAAGCAAAUGUCAUUUAUAAAUUAAUGCAGUUAGUUGAUGGGCCUUGAACAAGUUUGUGAAGUGAAAAGCUACAAUAUCUCAGAGCACUUGGAAAGGAACACACGAAUCUUCACCGGAAAACCUACUAUGGCGUGUAACAAACCAUCAUCAAAUUGUGAUAAAACCCUCAGGUAAUAGUUGCUAAUGGAUUUUUAAAAGAGAAUACAAAAAAUUCAAAAAAUAAAAAUUCCAUAUACUUGCUGGACAAAAAUGUCACGCGUGAAAACAGCUAACUAGCAGCAGACAACACACGACAUCCAUCGUAAGGCUCUAACUGCCGAGAUCUAUUUCUUCGCCCCUACCCCCAAUAUAAAACUAAGAUAAGUACUGAGUAAUUGAAAUCUAAAUACUGUACAUUUCUCCAAGACUUUUGUGUAAAGAGAAUGCAGUUGAUACUUCAAAUAAUAUCUUUAGAACAAUUGUACAAAAGACACAAUCAAAGUUGUACAGUUUUUAAAAACUUAUGUAAAUUACUGCAAUGCAUUUUGAAAAGAAAAAAAAAGAAAGAAAAGCAGGGUUUAAAUAUCACAUUUUUAAAAAUUCUUCACUUACCAAAGCUAUGCUCUUCUUAAGGUGAAUGUAUAUAAAUUCCCAGUAUUAAAAGUCUUCAUUACCGUAGCUAGUCGAAGUGGAAUAGAUAGCCGACAGAUCCGUUUCCCGGCACGCAUGUUUCAGAACAGGCGUGGCAACGCGUAGAUAGAUGUUUGCUGCUAGUGCACAGUAGUCGAGCAGGUUUCUGUACCACACGUUUCAUUUGCAGGGGCCAUGUAAAUGCUGUAAACAGCCAUUUGGAAAUUGAGGAAUCAAAAUAGUCGUAUACACUGAAUUGCCAUGUUCGAUUAUAGGAAGUUGAUUUUUGAUUUUAGGAUAUCACUAGAUGGGUUUGUUAUCUUUUGAAAACAUCCUACGAAUUCCACGUAGAGUAAUAUGAGUAUGAGUUGAUAUAUAGGAAAUGUGAUUAACCAUCAUCGCUCUCAUGGCCGUUUGUACCUAUGUACCAUACAAAAUGCUUCGUCACAGUAUCGAUGCUUUCGUUGUCCGCACCAGAAACGCGCCUCGUUCACCUCCUGACCACAGAUCGCACCUCAUCCUUGUGCACUUACACAAAUUGCUUCAUUGCUCAAAGAAAAGUGCAUUCAUUGUUGACACCCUUAACCGCCCAUUCUGUGAGAGAAAUCCACGCUGAUUCAGAUAUAGUAUAUGUAGUUUUUCACAAGAUGCACAUAGUACAUGGUGGGAAAAUUAAAUUUAAAGUUAUAUGUGAAUUUAGUAUAACCACAUCAGUAAAUAACGUGCUCCGGUCUGUCGUUUGUACUGUGUACCUUGACCCACCCCCAGCUCUUAUAGAGUACUGGCCAAAUUCUCUAUGAUCUACCCUGAAGUUGGAGACACGGUAGCUUGUACAUUAUCACAGUAGAGUCGUUUAUCCAAAAUAACUUGUAAUAAAUGUAUGGUGUGUUUGUGUGUGUAUGCAUACCAGUUUAUUAUCUUUUGAUACAGUCUUGCUUUUAAUUUCGUGUAUUGAAAGGAUUGGACAUUCAUAAAAUUUGUCCUGAAUGUUGACGUCGUAAAUUUUGGUAUAAUUUUAUCGGCACCAGGAACUUCUGUCAGUUAUGUUUCGCUGUGUGAUUAAGGUAAAAAUUCUAUUCUGUACUUUGAAGUACCCCUGCUUCGCAUUUAUGUUGCAUAUUACCUCCUGUAUGAUUUUAUACGUUGACAGAAAUUAUUUGAAACACGGUAAUGAUAUCUUUAAUAUUCAGUCUAUAAACCUUCAUUUGUUUUAGCAUUAGUCGUUCGGUGUUUUAAUCCAAUUUGAAGUUUUGCAUCAUUCCCAAGCUUGCAUAUUUUACCAAAAUUUGCAGUCUCAUGCUUUUGUUUCUUCAACAGAUUGAAUGUAUUUUGCAACUUAGAAGUCGGAUUUAGCGUCGGGGAAUGAGUCGAUAUUUGGGGGAUGGGAAGUGUUCUGGCAUUUACUAGGUCUCCCAUAUUUUCCACGCCCCAUAAAUGGUAAAUGCCGGACUCUCUCUCGUCUUGUCCGUCGCCUUCCUGUGUAUAGCUCGUUGAAACUGCAGACUAACAGUUCUGAGGGCAUGGAACUCUUAUAGUUGUAGAUGAAUGUUUUGAUAACAAUGAUCUGGCUUUGUGUAUUAUUAUUAUUAUUAUUAUUAUUAAGGUUGCAUUAUUUCAUAUCAUACUUGUAUUGAGAAGGUAAACGAUAGCUGGUUAGGAAAGACGACGUAGAAUUUGCAAUGUUCUUGAUUCUUCUUAUUAGUUGUCCAGAUGAAAACAUUCCCAUCUUUAUUCAUAAAAAUGUCGUAAUUCAUCAUAGAAAGUGUAUAAUAGUAAUAACAGCGUUAUAUAUCCCUCGUAUAAAGCGGUGCUCUGUGUCAUGUCGCAGUUCUGCUUUUAUGCCAUCUUUCCAUAACAUGUAAAAUACAUUUAUCAUUCUUCAAAAUUAUUAUUAUUAUAUUAUAAUUAUUACGGUAUAACAAGGAAAAUAGCCUGGAAAAAUGUGUACAGUUUUUACUGGAUGAGUAUUUAUUUUUAAUAUGUAAAUUUUGGUGAUGUUUAUAUCAUGGUUGAAUAUUGAUUGUUGUGUUUCCUUAUCUGCAUAAAUGAUCUGACUUUUCCUGCUUCAUUUCCUCGAGAGUUGUAUUGUAUAUAACAAAUGCUGUGCAGUCUGUGCAUUAUAACUCAGGCAAAUAAAACUCCUAAGUAAUGGAAGACCGUCGUUAAUUUUUGAAUAAAGAUGUGGAUUGUUUUUAAUUAUUAUAAUUAAAUUUUUUUAGAGCAUACCUAUUAUUUUUUGUAGUAUGUAAUAUAUAUCAUAUAAACUACUUAUUACCUAUUAAUAAUGUAACAAUUGUAGCUGUAUUUUUUCAUAUAUUUGCAUGUAUUUUCUACAAAUAAUACUUGUAGCAUAUAUACAUAUAACUACAUAUACAUAAAUGGUAUGAUGAUGGAAUGAUGUUUAGAUGUAGGUUAGUGUUCAGUCAUAAAGAUCCUAGAAUUAAUUUCCCUGUGAAAUAUUUUUAUCAUGUGAGAAAUAUUGUUCAUUUAUUAAGUACUACUGAUCUCGUGAUUCACAUCCAAAAUCAGCUGAAAAUAAUUCACGAAACCUUGAGGUCACCACAUAAUAGGAUCAUGAGAAUUGUUAUGCCCUUGUGUUAGUGCAUACAGUGUGUUAAACACGAUGUGUUGCACUGAAGUGACCUAUGUUGUUCGUACUUUCUAAUCUCGUAAUACCAGACCGCAGUGUGGCAAAGUUGGGGCAGGAGUAGAUGAGUAGAUGUGUGUUGGAGUGCAUAGCGGGGCCCGUGUCUUGGUCCGCGGACGCUAGCGACUUUUAACUUUGUUAUGUUCAAGGAGAACUGGAACGCUGAAAUCGGUCAACACGGGUCAUUUCGUAAUUGGCAUUGCUUUCUGAAUAUUUAAUUUUCUAACUUAUCAUGAUAUCCGUCUUGCACAUACUUUUUAAAUUAUUAUUAUUUUUUGAAACUUUUCUGCAUUUGCAGAAAUUUCACAUUCUCAGUUACAAAACUGUCUGUAAAAAUUCAUUCCGUCGGUGAUUUUUCAUGUAAAAGGCUGUGUGGUCGUGUGCUCAUUUUGCUGUAAUGCUAAGUUUGGGGUCCAUUUCUGAUAGGUAACAUUUUUCAAAUAUGUAUGCUCCAUAAUCUAUUGAAGUGAGUGUAGCCGUAGAAGACCGAAAUAUUAAACAGAUCUGCCGUUUCUCCAGUUUUAGCUGCGAAGUUUUGAAGGUCAUACCUCCGCUAAUAUCGAAGAUAAUGGGGCAUCGUGUAAGAAAAUUUAACAUUGUCAUGAUAAAUCAUUCCAAUUCCCCUUGAACUGCAUAUUAUUUUGAGGAGCAAAUGAAAUGCAGUUUUGGAAAUGUGCAGAAAUUCAAAAUGCUUGUGCGUAAGGUUGUAGCUCAAAAUUAAAUGUUUUCUCUUACCGACUCCUUGACGGGUUGUGCGCGUAACGCGGCCAAGAUGCGGGCGUCCGUGCCGUGCACUCCGACGAGUGGCUGUAGCAUGCCCACUUUCUUGUUAGGUGUCUGGUAUUUUUGUCGUUGAUGUUGGCAAUGUGUGUACUGAGAAGCUAAUGCUUUGUUGUGUGGACUGUAGAGGAGGAUUUGUGGGUUAAAACUGAACGUAGAUUCUCUCGGCUGAUGAACGUGUUAUGCCUGGUCAUUCAUCAUUUUAGUUUUUGUACAGAACCUUUUCUUGGCUGUCAUUUGUGCCAGGGAAAGUUUUUUGAAAAAAACUUAAACUAACCUUGCAGCAGGAUUUCUGUAUGUAGACAAGACGGUGGUGCACUUCCGCAUCGCUGUAUGAAUGCAAAAUGAUUUUAAAAAUAUCUUUUUGGUUCACCAGGCAUCAGUGUAAGAUAUUUUAUGGUAAGCAGAAAACAUUUCAGGUGAACCCUUUGCGUUUGAGUUAUCAGUCACUGUAAAUAUUUAGGACUUUUUUAACUUUGUCAAAAACCAGGAAUAUUACAUUUGUGAAGAGUGCCCAUUAUAUAUGAAAUUAGUACUGAAUCGUAUGUCCAUAGUGAAAUUAUUGUUUAAAAAAAUCUUAUUAAAGCAAAGUUAUAUAUAAUAUUAAAGGAAAAAAGUUUUGUCAAGACUGAUGUAAAGUAAAGAAACAAAACAAAAACAAAAAAAUUGAACAAAUUACCUGCAUUUGUAUAAUGUAUGUAUUUCUGUGGUUUGCACAGCUUUGAUGUUUAUAUAUUGUAAAAUACGCCAAAAGCUUGCGAUGAGAAGAAUCAUUUAGGCUUUUUUGUACGUAUAUAAUAUUCUCUCUCUCUCUCUUGUUCAUUCCUUAAAAAGUGUUUUUUAUGUGUAGAAAGGCUUUAGUUAUUUUUUAAUUAUGCCUUAACCAUUUGCACAUAACCUGUAAGAACUGGUUGCUUGCGUAACAUUUAUGUAAUGCGAGAUUCUGUUUCUGUUGCUCUCGUGUCUUGGCAUUAGGGUCUUUCUUUUGUGUGUGUUUUGUGCCCACUUGUACAUAAAACAUACGGACACGGAUGAUAGUCGGUGCAUCAGUUGCAUGCGUCACUGUUCAUAAUAGUCUGCGCUCUUCUCGGGUUUGAUUUCCGUUCUGUUAAAAACCUUUCCCAGUAUCAAAUGGGCGUAAUCUUGGUGUCACCGUUUCCUAGGUUUUUGCAUUUUAUUUGUUGCCGAGCGGGCGGAUGGGACAAACGGCCUGGGAAGGCCGCCGGUCCACCGCGUACGUUCAUAUUCCACAAAACGCAAAAUGAGCAUCGAUCAGUAAACGGUAUAAGAUCUCUGCUCCAAAUUCUGUCUUCAUGACCAAGUACUUUUUGCACUGGCACGCAUUUUAUGGCUAAAUCUUUUCAGUUCAAUACUUUUCUACCUCUUUCGUAGUAGUUCUUCAUCGGCCAUAACUCAUUCUCGUUGUGUUUAGGAACAGCUAUUUCAUGUGUAAAUACGUUUUCCACCGAAGUAACAUUUACCUGUUCAGUAAAAGUAUUUUUGUUGUACUUUAUUAGCAUCUCGAAUAUGUAUAAUCUAGAAGGAGCCGUAUGUAAUUUUCUUAGCGUAGAGACUUAAAUUUCCAGGCGUAACCCAAUUUUGUCCACGCUUUCUGGUUAAAGAGAACUGCGCUGAAUUUCUGUGUGUUCGGUUGGCAUUGUUAAGAAACCACAUUUGCACUGUCGCCCAAGCUUAUAGAGAGCGUCCGCUUUAUUUCCUGCUAUUUUCCAUCUUUAGAAGCUUGACGGAAAUUUCAUAGAAUGUACAGUGUAAGUAGUUUAAAACAGAGGGACUUCUCGUACAUUUUUUUGUUUUUCGUAUGGGGCACAUUUCAUAUAUUUUAUAGAGAUUGUGGGUAAGCCUCCUUUUUUUAUAAAAAGAUAUAUCGGUGAUGGAAUGAAGCGAUAUAUUCUUGAGCGUGUUUCGUUUUAUUUAAAAAGUAAUAUUUUGUGUUUUUAUCUGGUAUACUCCGAGGGAAAGAAAUUGGACCAGAUGUGAGUGCGGAAGCAUUUAACACCUUGGACUGUAGUUUAUGCGUGUGACUUUCAAAUAUAUUUUGGGAAGACACGCGACCUACAAGCUGGGAUUUUUCUUAUAGAUGUUCCAUGGGGAGAUUAAUGUCAAAAUUUAUUUAUAUAUUUUAGUUUAGUGCAGAUUAGUAAGUUUGUACUUUGAGUUUUUAAUAUGUUUUCUAUAUAUAUUUAUGGAUAAAUAGAAUUACAGCUGUUUUAGUUAGGUUAUUAGCUAACUUGCGACUUCAUAUCCAGUGCAUUUGUGACAAUUAGGGAUGUAAUAUAAAUUAAAACAUUUUUUUUAUUAUUAUUAUUCUGUGAAAUAAUUGAAAGAGGAAGCGAGCGGCACAUACACACAUACUGAAAUUUUCGCAAAAUCGUCGCCUACUGAUUUUAUAGACGAGCCCCAUGUUGAAGCAAGCAGCUUUUCUGCAAGGUUUUGUGUUGCAGACGGUAAUAUUCAUAACCCUCUUUUUUUUAUAUAAUUAUUGUUAGAUUGACAAUUGGAAGUUAGACUGGGUUUUGUUACUGCUGCAUUAUUGUAUGUUAAUUCACCCUGAAGAAGCCCCCUUCCUCAUACAUUUCUAUAUUAAAGAAAUAUAUGUAGAAAAAGAAGACCUCCACACAAAGUGAAGUAACUUGUAUAUGGUUGUACAAAUGUAACAAUCUACUUGUGAAAGUAAUAAAACACUUUCUGUAAUGAUCAUAUAUAAAAAGAGAAGCCAC